UGCCCAUGUUAUACCCAUUAAUUCUUCUUCGAGUCCGUCAAUUCAGAUGCCGAGUACGGCAAAUAUACCGAUCACUAGAUUCCGCUUCUGGUAACAGCAAAAGUACAGUAUGGGAUCUCAGUACAAGUGUAUCGAAAUCUUCUACAUCUUGUUUGCCGCUGUCGGCAUAUUUCCGCAUUUUUUUCGUGUGGCAAUCGAUCAGCCUGCAAAGUUCGAAGCUCAUGGCCGCCAGCGGCUGUACCGUAUACUUUCUGUUUUGCUGUACAUUUGGUCAGCAGCGCUGAUCAGCUGUCUGCUUGUGUACAGUUCCAUUUUAACAUACUUCUUUUCCAAAUCAUACGAAGCCGACGACAAGAUGAGUGAAAUCCUCCUAAAAGGCUUCAUGGGUCAAUGGACCGCCAUUGCGUGGUUAACUGCAGUGAGCUUUGCUGUUAAAAGCCGAAAACUACCAAAGGUCAUAGGAGACCUGGAACUCAAUCUCACCAGCGUGCGAUCGGAAAUGAGGAAUUUCGUUUUCUUCAAGCGAGAAAAUUAUUAUACAAUCCUGGUAAUUGUAGCGACGGUUCUGUUCGUUGCACUGUCAGGCGUCUGGGUAUGUUUGAUUGCGUCACCUAUGGAAGUACACACAAUACUAGAAGGGAUACGCGUUAUUAUAAUAUCCAUACCAACUAACCUUACCCUUCCGAAUAACCCAACAGCGAAUGAUUAUGACGAAUACGUUAGAAAAUUGGCCAAUCAGAGUAUCGGGGACACUUCAUACACUGUAACACUGCAAAAUGUUCUGGUAGACGGAGAUAUUCUGGGCAACAUCACCAAGCCCUCAACCACAGCGGCUUUAUUGGGAGUACAAAUACUUUUCAUGCUGAUUACUUUACCACUACAUGCCGGCUUAAAAGCUGUGAAUAAGCAGUUAGAGAAUAUUUUCGAUGACACAAAAGUGUAUGACGGAAAAAUGUUCUCAAGCUUGGAGAGCGUGUUUUCACGACACCUUAAUUUGACGCUACGUAUCUGUGAACUGGACGAUAUAUUCGGACCGGCACUGCUGUGGUUGUUCGUUUCGGACAUGUACGUUAUUGUGACGGGACUCGGCCUUUUGAAGGGGAACAAUCAAUAUGCCAGUGGCAUGUUUUCUGAUGAAUUCACAGCGGAAAAGUUCGGUCGUAGUAUAUGCUUGGGGAUCGCUUUAUUGUUUUUGCGGAUGUUUUGUGCUAUUCGCGUUAGAGAACAGGCCGAUGCUUUUGGGGUGAAAUCAGCAGUUCUUAUGGAGCGGCAUAGAAUUUUCGAUCGAUGCAGUCACACCGAUGCGGCAUGCUUCCAAACAGUCCACAAUCGUUUGGCCGCAGUUAAGGGCACUUUCACCCUGUUUCAGUUAUGCCAGCUGAACAAAGAAUUUGCUGCAACGGUUAUUGGAGCCAUGCUCACAAACGGUUCGCUCAGCUCGAAUGCGGAUCUAUUUUUCUGAAUAUUUUUGACUACGAUAUUCCGCAUCCGGGUUGUGUUUUUGCACAGUAAUUAGUGUAGGUCACGCGG